GCAAACAUAUCACGUCCAUACACGUGUACGGUAGAAAUCUCUUCUUUAGUCUAUAAAUAGAACCUCAUGAUCAAACUAAAAGAUCACCAAGCUUUCAGUGAAUUCAAUCAAGAACACAAUCUAGUACUCCACGAAUUAAGCUCAAAACCUUCGAAUCAUGUCAAGCGGAAAGUGCAGCUGUGGCUCAAACUGCUCAUGCGGCAGCGGUUGCAACUGCAACUCAUGCGGCGUUGAGACGUCGACCACCGCCACCAUCAUCGUUGCUGGUGUUGCACCUAAGAUGACAUUUGCUGAGGGAACUGAGACCAGCUUUGUUGCCGAAAGUGGAAACGGGUGCAAGUGUGGAUCAAGCUGCAGCUGCGAUCCAUGCAACUUGUCACGUAGACAACAUUUUUCACAUCAACUUUGUUCUGCAAACACCAUAUUCCCAAAUCUCUCUUCAACCGACUCAAAUCUCGAUUCUAUUUCCUCCAAUUCCAAACCAACCAUCCUUGUCAUAGAAAAAUUAGGAGAUACGGGUCUUGAUCUUCUCAAAAGCUUCGUCAACACUGAUUGCUUCUACAACCUCUCUCUGGACGAUUUAUGUUCAAAGGUCACCAUGUGUGAUGCGUUGAUCGUCAUAAGUGGUACAAAAGUCAACCACCGGGUCUUUGAAGUCGUUAAAGGUCGAUUGAAGGUGAUUGCGAGAGAAGGUGUAUGUAUCGAUAAUGUAGAUCUACAAGUUGUCACAAAAUUUGGAUGCCGAAAUCGAAAAAGGAAAAUGAUCGGAAAAUAUAUACUUACCGGUUGUACGACCACUAGCAUAGAGAGAAAGGACAACUUGAAUUGUGACAUGCAUAGCAGGAGUAUUGAAAGUUUCAAACAUGAUUUGUGUCGAUCUAGUAAUUCUGCUCUGCAAAGGAACUUUUCAGGUGGUGGCGGUGUUGGGAAGGGCGGCAACAACGACAGUACCAUCGCCCUUCCUUCCUCUUCAUUUAAUUGCGGUAAAAAGUAA